AUGGGCUGUUCACAGCAGCCAUGUGUGCGAGAGGGUGGGGGGUUUGGAGGGUUGGACAGUCGACCGCCAGGAACCUGCUCUUCUUGGUCGAGGUGGCCGGUCUUCACCGUCUGUCAACGUGACCAGUUUCUUGUGUCUCGGCAUUCUGCUUCAGCUGAACUACCUUUUUCCGGAAGAGGGAGAAACCGAAACGUGUUACACACUGAAAUGUCAUCUGAAAAGGCGAGGACACGGUGUGUGGAAUCUGCUGAAGCGGAAUGGGGGGCGAAUCAACGACCGACUGAUUUCGCAGUCCCUAGGCAAAGGAAGCACGACCCUCUACAUCGAAACACUCUAUGUAUGCCCGUGUGCCCGGCUUCCUUCUUGCGAGACAAAUCACUUGCUACCGCACGCCGCGCCCUGAUGGUUGCCGCCUGCGCUGGUGUAUAG